UGAAAGGGACAACAUGAUUUUAAGUGAAAACGAUAAUUUUUUUCAGCAGUUAGAUAAUCUUCAUCGCGAAAAACAUGAAAAUAGGUCCAGAAUUGUUUGCUCUGCCACAGCAAGGGAAGAAUUGAUGAACGAUAUGCGAUACUUUAACGGUAGUACAGGCGAGGUUCAGGUGCCACAGGACGAGGCUUAUUUUGACUGGGAGACCAGUGAGGGCCACCUUAAUAGGUUAGAGGACAGGAUUAAAAGUUUCUGUGACAAGCUAGAAAAGACGGCAAAUAACAAGGAUGCACCAAGGCUUUCACCUCUAAAGAGAUUUUCCAUUCAAGAUGAUAGAGACGAAAAUAACUUUGAUCUUAAAGUUCCCAAACCAGGAGGAACAGUAUUCGUUCGCACAAAAAUCUGUAAAAGUCACGAGGAGGCAUCAGAGGAAGAUGUUCACCAGCACGUACGGAGGUUUAUUCUAACAAGGGAGAGUAGUGGAGCGGAUCAGGUACAACUUCCGGACAGACCUAAAUCGGCGUUUGCUGGUUCCCAGCAGAGAAGAUAAAGCUUGUUCUUCAAUCUUGAUGC